AUGCUAUCCAUUGGGCUUGUAUUGUAUAAAGUAACUGAGUUAAUGUGGAGGGCAACUUCACGUGCUGGGAUGAUGGGUUUUCUGUCUAUCAGGUUUCUUCCCACGUGGCUGAAACACAAAGAACAAAAAUCCUCAUUCUGGUUCCAGUUGAAACCGAUAAAAAAUCCUCCACUACUCAACAGGAAAAACACAACCACGGUUUCAGAAACUAACAUAAAAAAUCAUGAAUUCAAUUCACAAUAUUGGAGUUUGCAGUUUCACUUGAAUAAAUCUUCAGUCUCAAAAGAAAUGGAGUGUUGUUCUUCUACAUCGUUAUUAAGCUUAAGCUUAAUGUUAAAACCUCCUCCUCCAUUAAUGACCAUUAACUAUAAUUGCAACUCUCACUGGAGGAAGAAGAAGACAGGGCAUUGCUUGCUUCAAGUCUCUGCAAUCUCUUACCAAAACUUCAUUCACUUUGCUCUCAAUGAAACCAAACGCCAUACCCUUUUGCUUCCCUCUCCCCUCCAGGAAAGAUAUAGUUCUAUGAUUGCAUUGGAUGGAAAAACGAGACUUGAAAUGCUAUCAUUUGACACUCCUAGAAUCAGACUACUUCGAAGUAUGAGCAUUGAGGGUGAAGCUAUGCAGGUAUUAGAUUUUGCUGCCUUUCCAAAACCAGAAUUUGAUCUACCCAUAUUCUGUGGCAACUUCUUCACGGCUGCUAAUACAAACAUAGUUGUGUUGGACCUAAAUCCUUUGCAUGAUGUCACUAGUCGAAGAGACUACAAGGAAAAGUAUUAUGACAGCUUAGUUCCUCUAGGUCUCAAGUAUACUGAGCUUUUACCUUGGGGAGGAAAGCUUACAAGUGAAUCUAUAAAGUUUUUCUCACCGAUGGUGAUAUGGACAAAGUUUACUUCAAGCAAAUCUAAACAUGAAAUUCUAUAUUCUGCAUUUGUGGAAUACUACAAGGCAUGGAUAGAGCUAAUGGAGCAAGCGGUGGAGGAUACUGAUCCAUCUCAAAUUGUGUGCAAUCUUGAAGCACAGCAUAGAUACCUAACAUGGAGAGCAGAAAAGGUGAUUAUUCCAUGUUUUCCCUUUCUCCUACAGUCUUUCUUGUUUUUAUGAGCCUAUCAUGUCUGUUAACUUCAGGUAGGGCCUUUGGAGUUGAUUUUUCGUUGCAAAAAAUA